AAACAUGAUUUAGGUGAUUUCUUUUUAUUUUAAGUCUUACAUCAUCGAUAUAAUAACUAACGAACAAUUGCAAAAUAUUCAUUAAAAAAAACAAAACAUAUUUAAUCUCGUCUCCUGGCCGACGGAUACAACGACGAUUUUCUGUGCGAUAUUUUGUUUACAUUUAGGGGUAGCCCUACCCCACCCCCUUUCCGCCAAAGGCUUGUGUUUGACAUCGGGAUAUAUAUAUACGCUUUUUUUCUUAUCUCUUCUCUUCCUGGACAUCAUCAGACUGUCGUCAGAUUUUGUGUUUAGUAAGUUCUUUAACAUUAUAAAAAGCGAUAAUUUAUUCAGCUCUGUUUCAAAGAGGUCUACAUUGGAUAGUUAAUCCGCAUUUUAUUCCCGGGACAAUGGAUUCACAUCGGAUGAUAUAUCCAUCUUUUAUAUUAAAUAAUAUCUUCGUUCCAGUGUAAUAUCAUUUUUCCAUGCUCAUCUUUAAAAAAAAUCCACAAAAAAACACAUUUAUAAUAUAUUUUAAUAUGGCAUUUUUUUUAAAUUAAAAAAAAAUUAUACACACUGUAGCAUCUAUUCUUUUAAAUACCUUGAGCAUGGCAUUUCUAAAUAGAUUUGUUUUUCUUGUUAUUUUUCUUUUCUUUAUAUAGCCAUAAAGUAUGUGGUUAAUCACACAAAAUAGAGGCGAUUAGCUCUCAUCAAAGAUUUGCUUUUGCAAAGAAGUGCACACAAUAUAUUUCACGCUAAAAAUUCCUCUUUUGGUGGUGUAUGAUUGCUAAGAAUUUAAAUGUAUUUAUAUAUAACAUAAGAUUUAUUUCCUACACAGUUUGAAAAAGAAAUUUUGUUGAAAUACUCUCUAGAUCGAAAUUGCCUCACUUAUUAUUAUUUGUUAUUUCAAAGGAAUAAUCGAUCGUUAAAGAACACGAACAAUUCUCGAAAGAUACGUACAUACGUUUUCACAACAAAUGAUCUGACCACUGUCUUAAAUCCAAAAGAGUUAAAAUGUAUUACUUAAUCAUGUGUGAGAUUAUUUAACUAAAAUGUAUCAGAAAGUUUGGAAAAUGACUUUUAAAGUUAAGAAAAUGUCUCAGGAAGUUUGGAAAAUGUCUCAUAAAGUUAGGCAAAUGUCUCAGAAAGUUAGGCAAAUGUUUCCUAAAGUUAGGAAAAUAUCUCAGAAAGUUAGGCAAGUGUAUCAGAGUUAGGAAAAUGUCUCAGAAAGUUAGGAAAAUGUCUCAGAAAAAUAGGCAAAUGUCUCAGAAAAAUAGGCAAAUGUCUCCAAAACCUAAUUUCCCCCCCCCCCUUUUUCCCAAACAAAAAAAAAAAAUAAUAAAAUAAAAAUUUAAAUUAACAAAAGGGCCAAUUUCUUUUNCAUGUCCAGGUUUUUCUUACUUUUUGGGGUCACGGCCUUAUUUGUGCUCAUGACCACUGGGACUGACGGCCAGUACGUGUACAAUGUGAACACCAUGCCGUCAGCUUUAAACACAAACCCGACCAUGUGCACGAAGGUGGUCACUGCGCCAGUUCAGAACUGCCCGAAUACUGUGUGUUACAUGAAGGCGACCGUCGGACUCUGUUGCAUGGGGGUCUACAGGAAUGGUGAGACCGAUUUAAGAUAAGAUAAGAUUCUUUUAUCGAUCCAAACAAAUGGAAAUGUUUCUUGAUUUCACUGUACAUAUACAUUUUCAGCACAUAAAUAAAUACAUAUUUUAAUACAGUCGACAUUUCCCGCAUAAAACAAUUUCAACACAAGAAAUCUACAUUAAAUCAUUUCUCUAAUGCAAAAAAAAAAGAAAAAAAAAAAAAACCCAGCCAUUCAGUGAAAUCCCUUAAUCAUAAUAAGGACUUAAUCGGUGAUUAUUUAGACUUUGUGACCUGUGGGGGGAGCUCGCUGGUAAAUUCGUACAUAUUGGGGAACAAAAGAAUUUUUAUAUCUUUCAGUCCCCGCAUUAAGAGAAAGAAUUCGUCCAAAACGGACCGAUCCUAAGUAUCUGUCAUGAAGUGGGUGGUAUGUAAUCAUCCAAAAUUUGUUUAGUUUUGCAAUACUAUUUUUCUUCAAAAGUGUUCUUCAAGUCAAGGUUGUUAAGUAUGUGUCCCGUUGCUAUCUUUCUUGAUUAGUCUGUUUAGACGGUGUUGAUAUCACAUGAAUUUCUACACCAGCAGGUAACGUCUGAAAUUAAGAAGGCCUCCAUUCGCACUGUAGAAUAAGUUAAUAUAAGAUGAGUAAAACAGAGUAGGGUUAAACCUGACAAAAUAAACGUUUUUUUUUUUUUUUGUAUUUUUUUUUCAGGUUUAACCCUACUCUGUUUUACUCAUCUUAUAUUUUGUUAAACAUGAUUGCAGUCUCUCCCCUUAAUUACCCAAUGAGUAAAACAGAGUAGGGUUAAACCUGACAAAAUAAACGUUUUUUUUUUUUUUUGUAUUUAUUUUUCAGGUUUAACCCUACUCUGUUUUACUCAUCUUAUAUUGUGCUAAACAUGAUUGCAGUCUCUCCCCUUAAUUACCCAGAAUAAGUAAAUAACUAGUUUGUUUACGCCGAAAUUGUACAUUUUUUUUUUAAAGAUAGACAAGUAUUUGGUUGAAUUUUUUAUACAGCAUUUGGGCGUGCUCAUGCCAUGUCAGCUUAUCAUUAAUGAUGACAUUUAAUUUAAGGACUUAUAUGCCUCUACUUUCUCUACACUUCAAUUUUUUUUUUUUAUUUUGAGAUCUGCACUCCGGAAACCCACAACCAUUUCCUUUGGUUUUGCGCCUUUCAAGUAGAGACAAUUUUCAUCGCACCAUUUGAUAAAGCCUGUAAAUAAAUUGCAGUACAAGUCUUCUCCUUCAGAUAUUAAGCCAACGAUGGUGGUAACAUCAGCAAACUUUAUGAUUGGGACGGUGUAGCUUGGAAUAUCUUUGGUUUAUAUUGUAAUACAGGACAGGGGAGAGGACGCAACCUUGUGGCACCCUGGUGCUUAUUUCUCUGGCCCGAUAUAAUUUAGCUCAGGAAGGCCCUGUAUAUUUGGCUCAGGAAGGUCAAGUAUAUCUGGCUGCGGAAGGCAUGACGUAUUUGGCCCAGGACAUCUACAUAUUUCUGACUCAAGAAAGCCAUGUGUAUCUGGGUCAAGAAGGCCAUGUGUAAUAAUACUAAGGGAGGCUAUGCACCUUUGGCUGUUAUAUAUAUUUUUACAAAUAUAGCCCCAAACACUACAGACACAAAGACAAAAAAGUAAAAAAAUGCUAACAUGCUUACACGCCAAUGACGUCAAUCACUUUUAAUCUUUAAGUUGAACAAACUACUCUCUAAGCUGAGAAAUCUCUUCAUUCAACUCCACUUUAAUACUGACUCAAGAAACUUUAAUCUCCACACUCACGUUAACUCUCAUGCAAUUUCACAAGGUCAAAUUUCUAAAUGAAAUUUUCAGGGGAAUGACAGAUAUAUUGGGUAAAACCGUCCAGUAACUGAACUAUGUUUGUCUCUCCCACAGCCAACGGGGCACUCUACCAGCAAUGUAUCUGUCUCACGACCGUGCAGUGCACAGCAGCCGUGGCGAGUACAGCGUCAACAACCUCUACUACAAGUACCACCACCAGCACAACGACAACCACCACCCCGACGACAACGACCACCACACCGACCACAACAACAACCACCCCAACAAGAGCCACCACGCCAACCACAACGACGACCACCCCAACCACUACCAGCACAACGACAACCACCCCAACAACAACCACCCCAAAAACAACCACCCCGACAACAACCACCCCAACGACAACCACCGCGCCGACGACGACUUCCGCUGCGCCUUUCUCGGAUACGCCUUUGUUUUGUGGUGCCACAGUGAGCACCCCCUUUUGUGGCACCACUGACCCCUGCUUCAAUUCAACAACUAGGAGCAGUUGUUGUUUAGCUGUACAGAGAGUUGGUAGGUUUAACACUUGUGGUAUAGCUGUACAGAGAGUUGGUAGAUCUAACAGUUGUGGUAUAGCUGUACAGUUGUUGUUUAGCUGUACAGAGAGUUGGUAGAUCUAACAGUUGUGGUAUAGCUGUACAGAGAGUUGGUAGAUCUAACAGUUGUGGUAUAGCUGUACAGAGAAUUGGUAGAUCUAACAGUUGUGGUAUAGCUGUACAGAGAGUUGGUAGAUCUAACAGUUGUGGUAUAGCUGUACAGAGAGUUGGUAGAUCUAACAGUUGUGGUAUAGCUGUACAGAGAAUUGGUAGAUCUAACAGUUGUGGUAUAGCUGUACAGAGAGUUGGUAGAUCUAACAGUUGUGGUAUAGCUGUACAGAGAGUUGGUAGAUCUAACAGUUGUGGUAUAGCUGUACAGAGAAUUGGUAGAUCUAACAGUUGUGGUAUAGCUGUACAGAGAGUUGGUAGAUCUAACAGUUGUGGUAUAGCUGUACAGAGAGUUGGUAGAUCUAACAGUUGUGGUAUAGCUGUACAGAGAAUUGGUAGAUCUAACAGUUGUGGUAUAGCUGUACAGAGAAUUGGUAGAUCUAACAGUUGUGGUAUAGCUGUACAGAGAGUUGGUAGAUCUAACAGUUGUGGUAUAGCUGUACAGAGAAUUGGUAGAUCUAACAGUUGUGGUAUAGCUGUACAGAGAAUUGGUAGAUCUAACAGUUGUGGUAUAGCUGUACAGAGAAUUGGUAGAUCUAACAGUUGUGGUAUAGCUGUACAGACAGCUGGUUGUGUAACGGUUGUUGUUAAGCUGUACAGAGAGCUGGUAGGUCUCAAUUUUGUUACGAACAAAAUCCUCGGUCUACUACGUUAACAGUGUCUCAUUUACAUAUCAGCUCAUUUCACAUCGAUGGGUCUUCGUCCUAAAGACCGGGCACUUAAAAUCACGUGCAGUAAAAACUGUUAGUGCAUUAAUUUCCUUUGAAAAGUCUGUAAUACAUUUUAUUUUUACAAAUGAGGCGAGGUGGAAUACGACUCAUUUCGAACGAUCCAAUUUUCUAUCAUACAUUUGAUGCGAUUUUUGUAUGAAGUCUUGUCACAACUUUCAUGUUACUAUUUAAUCAAAUUCUUACUUCUGUCUUUAAAAAAGAAACAACACACAAAAUAGUGCGUUCAUACAAAUAUUUGACGAAAAUUUUAUCGUGUGAACUGCAUGUAGACGAGCAUGAAUCUACAUGGUUUGGAUUGUAAAAAAAAAACAACACAAAAUGAAAGUAAUCUUAAUGGACUGAAUGAAAUGUGGGGGACUAUCAUAGCUAAUUUUUUUUUUUUGUGUGUGUGCUUUAUUUCAGCAACCAACGCUAUAAUGACCUUCUGCAGGUGUGACAGCACUGUCCAGUGUCCAGCUGUCCCUACGCUACCAUGAAGCAUCGCGUGGUGUUUGAAGGAGACACAGUUGAAAGCCUCUGUAGACAAUGGCCUUGUUAUUUAUCUUCCAACGUCUACAAGCCGUACUGAGUUGGUUUCUUUGUUUCUCAUCAAUUUCAAUAUUGUUUUUUUAAAACCUACGCUCGCCUGUUCUGCACAUUGGUGAUUUCAAAAAUUGUCUUCUGGGCAAUAGAUUUUUUUCUUUAUUAAAAAAAUAAGGUCAAAAAGACCUUGUGAAUGUAAAAAAAAAAAUAUAAUAAAUUUUGAUUUUUUUAAAACUCUCAUUAAAAACGCAAAACAACAACACAAAGAAAAACCCUCACACAUAGCAUUACAUGUAUCUUAUACAACCACACGUUCUUGCCGGUCUAACACUGCAUAAACUGGGACUGUGACCCCCCGUCUCCGCAUUUGUCGUGUAUGAAUUUGAACUAUACUCGUACAUAAGAAUUCACGUUCACGAUAACAGUUGUUUUUUUUUUUUAAUACUUUCGCACUUGCCAUUAUACGUCUCCCAUUUCAUAUGAUAUUUUUGGAAAGAAAAAACAAACAAACUAUAAUGAAAAUUUCCCCGAAUAGUACUACCUGCGCAAACAUUGGAGACCACCCACUGGAGUAGAUAGGACACGUUUUUUGUUUUUUGUGUGUAGAAGUGGAGGAGUUGGGGUACUGGUUCAUAAGCCGCCAAUUUGAGCUCCACCAAAAAAACAAACAAAAAACAACCAAACGGAUAUGCAAUAAAACUUUUACUUAGCGUAAUUAUACGAUGAUAGACCAAAGAAACAAAACAACAAAACCACCGUGUCUUCCCUGUUUAGUAACGGCAAGGGCGGAGGGGCGGGCGGUGGUGGGGUUAGGGGUGGUCUCGGUUGACGUCCCAAACUAUGAUGGGGGGGGGUUGGUCUCGGUUGACGUCGUUGACGUCCCAAACUAUGAUGGGGGGUUGGUCUCGGUUGACGUCCCAAACUAUGAUGAGAUUGAUUGUGAAGCUCUAGCUUCAGUCCUGCGGGGUUAUUGAAAGAUUCUACAGUUGAACCCCCUCAGCUUGGCUGCAGUAAGCUCGUCUUGCGCGUGUGUUUACUUAACUGCAGUCAUCGGGACCGACCUGGCCUUGCACUGAAAUACGUCUCCCAUUGAAACACUUAAUAGCAGAUGGUUGCAGGCGUAGGUAGAAAUCUUGACGUAAACACAACUGCGACUUGCGAGACGCAAGCACCUCCUCACCAUCGAUUUUACUUUAAAUAUUUUAGCACGAUGAAAGGAACAUGAAGUGAAACAAAAUGUUUAAAAAAAUUGUGCAUAUUCAUUUCCCGCACCUAAAUACAUACAUAUUUUAAACCAAGACAACAUUUUACAAUGAUAACAAUUUAAACACAAGGCAUCCUGCGUUUUGCUCUACCGAUAUAGGAAUCGUAUCUUAUCUUAUCUUAUUUUAUCUUAUCUUAUUUCAUCUUUUGUGCCAAUUCAAGAUACGCGGCAACCAGCAUCUGCAGGGGUUGCAGACCCGACAUGACAGCUCUGCAUAUUACAUAUCGCAAGGGAAAAAGUGUGCCACACAUAUUUUAAAUAAGAUUCGUUUUAUUGAAGCCAUUAAUGAAUUCAAUCAGUGACUGGGGUACAACACAAUUUUUUUUAUAUCUUUCGGUCCUAACAUUAAUAGAAAUAAUUUGCCCUGGUCGGGCUGAUCUUAGAUAUCUGUGAUGAAGUGGGUUGGAUGUAAUCAUCCUAUUUUAAAAAAAAUAAGUUUUACAGCAUAAUUUUUCCUUCAAAUAGUUCUUCAAGAUGAGGCGGGGGGGGGGAUAAUUACUUCAUUAUUAAACAGAAACUCGUCCCUCUCCCUCAUAGGCAGCGACGAGUCAAUGACAGGCAAUUCCGGCUCAUACCAGCAAAAAGCCAGUAUAGGAACUGCUCAUUCCUGCUAAAGACAAUCAGGACUGGAACAAGCUUUCAAAAGGAACGGUAUAGGCGACAACACUAGACACAUUUGCGUCUAUUGCCUUAAGCCUUCCAACCCCCGGUGCAUGAUUCCGUCACAAAGUGGCACUUGCAAUCAGUGAAAUAUCCUCACCAACACCAGGCACAGAAACAUUGCAAAUCCCCUCUACAUGCAGGCCAAAAUGAUAGAUAAAUUGAUCGUGGGCCCUUAAUAUACAGAAGAAGAACUUUGAAUGCAGGAGCAAGCAACCAAACAGUGGCCGGUGUCUCCAUGAGUCACGGCAUAGUUCUGGUAAGAUGAAGCAAGAAAUUGCUAUUCUCUGGCAUAGUGGGAUGCAGAGGCGUAGCUAGAGUGUUUGGCGCCCGGGGCAAGAUUCGUUGUAAAGCACCUCCGUUUAUAUUUUUUCUACUCUCAAACCCAUUUUAUUUUCAUCAAUGAAAUACUAUCAAAGCACAUUUUGGUGACCCUAACUAGUCUGGCGCCCAGGGACAUCUGUUCCCUCUGCCCCCACUUAGCUACACCUCUGGUUGGGUGACAUUGAUUUAAUUGAGACACACACACACACACACAUAAACCCACACACACACACAUUAUGGGAGACAUUUAAAUUGUGCAACAUUUUACAUCAGCUGUCGUCUCUCGUUAGAAAGUCUGAAACUGUCGUGUCACGUCAGAAAGUCUGAAACUGUCGUGUCAUGUCAGAAAGUCUGAAACUGUCGUGUCACGUCAGAAAGUCUGAAACUGUCGUGUCAUGUCAGAAAGUCUGAAACUGUCGUCUCAUGUCAGAAAGUCUGAAACUGUCGUGUCAUGUCAGAAAGUCUGAAACUGUCGUCUCACGUCAGAAAGUCUGAAACUGUCGUGUCAUGUCAGAAAGUCUGAAACUGUCGUGUCACGUCAGAAAGUCUGAAACUGUCGUGUCAUGUCAGAAAGUCUGAAACUGUCGUCUCACGUCAGAAAGUCUGAAACUGUCGUGUCACGUCAGAAAGUCUGAAACUGUCGUCUCAUGUCAGAACGUCUGAAAUUGUCGUCGCUCUUCCAGAAAGUCUGAAAUUGUCGUCGCUCUUCCAGAAAGUCUGAAAUUGUCGUCGCUCUUCCAGAAAGUCUGAAAUUGUCGCCUCAUGACAGAACGCACUUUUCGCACAAGGUCAGGAGAAAAGUGGCCUGUUGCCUUUUGUGCACAUUUUUCAUGGCAUGGAAAAUUGAAUGAAGAAACUCUUUAUCAUCUGGGAACACUAAAAGAAUGAACUUAUGACGAAAUGCCUGUACCUUGGUUUGUAUGUAUAUAUAUAUAUAUAUAUAUAUAUAUAUAUAUAUAUAUAUAUAUAUAUAUAUAUAUAUAUAAAACCUGUUCUAAUGUAUCUAAGAAAGUGCAUGUCCAAAUCAAGUCACUAUUAUUAAUUGACAAUCUCUUUUCAUCUAAGAAAAAGUUCAUAUUUUACCUUGCAAUUAAAGUUUGAAAAAAAAAAAGAAAAGAAAACCAAAGAAAAGACAAAACAUAACAACAAAUAAUAAUGAGAAGACUUUCCCCCCAAGUCGCCUAUCGUAAGUGUAGACCUUAAACUAUCUUGUCAGCUUAAGUCUGUAUGUUCCUCUCACGUCCAUCGGAAAUUCUUUCCACUGACGACGACUGAGGCCGUGUGGUAAACGACGGACUGCACGCCGCAAUGCCCCUUACAAAUAAUGCAAUCAAGAAAUAUUGAAUGGAGCAUCCAAAAAAGAAAACUGAUAGUAUUUUAUAAAGUGGGGGGAAAAAAACGAUGACUGUGAUAGUCUGUGUGGCAGUGUGAUAUAACAGGUAAUAGGUCUAAUAGUACAGGUCAUGUGAGGGAAAUUAUAGUUCAAAUCUGUGAUAUUGCAGGUCAUAUGUGGGAUACUACAGGUCACAUGUGUGAUAUUACAGGUCACAUGUGUGAUAUUACAAUUCAUGUGUGAUAUUACAGGCCAUAUGUGUGAUAUUGCAGGUAAUGUUUGUGAUAUUACGGAGUAUUAUGUGGUGAUAUUUUAUAUGUACAAUGUUAGUAAAAAAAAAAUUCUAUUUAUUUUGAUCAAUAAUGAAUCUUAUCUUAUCUUAUUUUAUCUCAUCUUAUCUUGUCUAAAUUGACCCAUUAGAUAAUUUUGACAGUUUCUAAAUGACAAUGAAGAGCCGCGUGAACUCAGACAGAAGCUUUACGGGACCUGCUUCAAAAGUCUGUCUUCAAAAGUCUGUCUUCAAAAGUCUGUCCUCAAAAAUUGAAAGAAACUUUCCUUUAUUUCAACAAGUACAGUUUCCAUUUCAGGACCGGCAAGCUCCACUUAACUUUGACGGUCAGAUGGCACGCCAUAAAAGAAUGCCGAGUUUCACGUUAAUGAGAAGAUCAAAUUUGUUAGGCUUUCAUUGACAAACGUGACUAUUAUGUAAACAAGCCACACUGAUGUCUCCUGACAGGACACAGUCAUCAAAUUUAUUAUCAUUUAACCACUGUUACUCUCAUCGUGGCUAUGUGUUUGGCAAACAAUCCACACUGUUGUCUCCUGACAGGACACAUUCGUCAGUGCAAUUAUCCCCACGUUCAACUUUAAGCAAAUAAACUAAAAGCAAAAAAGCACAUUUUUUUUUCAUAUCGACCAGCAAUGUCCGUGCCACGCUGUCCAUAUCGCGCCUGCAGUAUGAUACUAUGUUAACAACUCGUUGUCUUCCCGCGUUGUGGGGUACCUUACAACAAUGUUUAAGUCUUUGCGUAUACACAUGGCCAAACAAGAUAAUUCAGAAGAUCAACAAGUUGCCUCAACAGAGAUGAUUGAAUGUGUGUGAGAUUAUCAUCAAUUUAAAUAUCAUAUUUUUAUAUACAGUGGAACCCCGCUAUAACGCGCCCCGCCAUAACGAGAAUUCGGAUAUAUUCGUAGCAUGGCUCCCGAAAUUUGAAAUUCAUUUACUCCAUCAGGUCUUAGUUCUUUGAAAAUUUUAUCCAUUGCUUGGAAAGCCAUUUUUUAAAGCGAAAAAAAAUCACAACUUCUCAAAUUAUCCUAGAAAAUGAGCCCCUAAACACACUAGGUUCAAACUAGUAUCAAAAUUAAUGCCAAAAACGAGGCUUUCUUCCGGUAGAACUAUAAAUAGUAAUACGUAAGGGAUUUCCGCUGUGAUAAGAACGCGCAUUAACGCAACCUCGCUUUUCACGCGAUCCGAUUUCAUGGUCCCCGAUCAUCGCGUUAUAGCGGGGUUCCACUGUAUAUAAACAUAUAAUUUUUAUUGCACUUUUCAAUUUCUCGUCUUGUACUGUUCUGUUCGCUGACGAAGGCAUUUUUCCGAUACGUUCUCUUUUUUUUUGUUUCAUCUUUGUCAGAUUUUACCAGACCCUGUGCUUCAUAUGUCCUAAAUGUGUGUACGAGCGCGUGGAUCAAACGUAUAUAGGUGCACCAUGGCCCAGUUUGACUCACUGUGCGUGCAGCUUUACAUAAAUGUGCGAGCACGAACUUCAGACAGAUCGGGGUUUUAUCGUCUUUUGAUGUAGGCCAGCAACGCCUCAGGUUGAAGCACUUACCGUGGUCGAUCCAUCGAUCGGAAACAGAAGCUAAAAUAAUAACCCGAAAGUAUGGGACCGCCAUUGUGUGACCUUAUGUGUGCACAGCUGAGAAAACAAAACAACACAACAGUUGAAAUAUGUGAGACGAUGAUUUUAGGAACAAGACGUUUUUGGAAACGUGACGUCUUUAGGAACAAGACAUCUUUGGGAACAUGACGUCUUUAGGAAAAAGAAGUCUUUGGGAACAUGACGUCUUUAGGAACAAGACGUGUUUGGGAACUUGACGUCUUUAGGAACACGACGUCUUUGGGAACAUGACAACUUUGGGAACAUGACCUUUUUGAGAACAUGACAUCUUUGGGAACAAGCCGUCUGUGGGAAAAAGAUGUCUUUGGGAACAUGACGUCUUGGGGAACAUGACGUCUUUGGGACAAUGACGUCUUUGGUAUUGGUAACAUGACGUCUUUGGGAACAUGUCGUCUUUUGGAACAUGACGUCUUUAGGAACAUGACAUAUUUGGGAACAAGACGUCUUUAGGAACAAGACGUCUUUGGGAACAUGAAGACUUUAGGAACAAGACGUCUUUGGGAACAUGACUUCUCUAGGAAUAAGACGUCUUUGGGAACAUGACAUCCUUAGUAACAAGACGUCUUGGGGAACAUGAAGUCUUUAGGAACGCGACGUCUUGGGGAACGUAUCCAGAAACGGGGACUCGUAACUCGGUUCAUGGAAACAUUUGUAAACUUAAACAAUAUUUUUUUUGGAGGAUAACUCCCGCCCUCUUCACGAAAGAUUCUUAAGAUCGGGACACGAAUUAUUUCCCGCAUAUAUUUUUUGGUCAGAGAUAUUUAACAAUUCACUUGAUCCCCAAGCCAUCAGAAUUAACCUGCGGGCUCCCCAUGACUUUUACAAAAUGUAAAUAAUCACAAAUAAAAAAUAAAUUUUAUCACUUAGUGAGUGAAGCUCCGCGGCACGUGAUGGCUGAUUGUUUGCACUUGAGAAAUAGUUUAGAUGCAUUGUGUUCAUUUGUUCUUGUUGUAGAAAAUGUUUGUCUUUGUGAGAGAGUUGACGUGCAUAAUCUGCAUGGGAUAUGUGCGAUGAAGUAAAAAUUCACUUCCCUAUAUUUGGAUCAAUCAAAUAAUCUUAUGUAAUUUUAUCUUAAAGGUUUUUAAUUUUAAAAGUAUUUGCAAAAGUGAAAUUAAUGGCCGAAUUAAACAAUUCCUAAAAAACAUAGUUUUUAUAAUAAAUUCGUUAUAUGUAUUUUUUAAAUUAUUUUAUUUUAUAUUAAUAUUCUAAUGUAACACCCGCUUUUAGAGCGCAAUUUUAUUCUACUACCUAAUUCAAGAAGGUAAACAAAAGAAAAUAUUGCGCAACAAACGCACUUGUGAUUUUUUAAAAAAAAAAGAAAAAAAAAAAGGAAUCUUAUUUAGCGCAGUUAUCGGGAAUUUUAUUUCGUAAAGUCGGUGUCGGCAUAUUUCCUUCAUCUUCCUCUUGAAAGAUGGGAAAACUGAAUUUAGGGUUUGGGGCUGAAAAUUUAAAUAGAAUGUGUUGUCAUCGGCAACGAGUCCAUGUGCCAAGUUUAAGCUUGAUAGGUUGACGUGAAGUGGGUCAUUAGCCUUCCGAUGAUUUUCUCAGCCAAUCAUCUAACCAACGAAGAAGAGCGAUGCUAAAGGGAUUUUUAAAAGACGUACACUCAGCGAAAAUUACAGUAUUUGUAACGACUUAACAAUGACAGUGGUCAACUUUUAAAACCUGCCCUGUACAACAUUGUUUCUAAACCCUUUACACAUGACUCUUCACACAGGAGUCUUCACAGAGGAAUCUUCACCCAGGAGUCUUCAUACAGGAGUCCUCACACAGGAGUCCUCACACAGGAAUCUUUACUGAGACGUCUUCACAUAGGGUAACCGUUGAAUAGAAAUUUAACACACAAAAAAAACGAAAAAAAACAAAACUAUUGCAUUAUUGAAAAAAAAAACAUUACGACAAUGUCAAUCGAACCCAAAUAUACAAAAUUGAAUAUAAUCACGUCCCCUUGGCGUCCUUGUACAGAAGUGAAUUCUGUGCGAUAUUCUGUUUGCAUUUAGUGGCAGCUCCCCACCUCCUGUGUGUGACGUCAUUGCCAUAGAUAUAUAAAAGCUUUUUUUUUUAAGAUCUCUUCUCUUCCUGUACAUCAUCGGCUGUCGUCAGAUUCUGUGUUUAGUAAGUUCUUUAAAAUUUUAUAACAAUAAUUUAUUUCUGUUAUAAAGAUGUCUACAUUGGAUUUUUAAUCCAACUUUAAUUCCCGGGACAACGGAUAUACACUGGAUGAUGUAUCCAUCUAUUAUAUAAACUAAUAUCUUUGUUCCAGUGUUAUAUCCUUUUUUUCGAUUCUCAUCCUUAAAAAGAAAUUAUCCACACAAUAGCGUCUAUUCGUUAAAAUACCCAGAGCUUGGCAUAGAUAGAAAUAGAUUUGUUUGUAUUGUACAUUUCUUUUUCUUUAUAGAGCAGAUAUAGGCACUAAAAAUAUAGCGCACACGAUAUUUCACGCUAAAAGUUACUAUUUUUGGUGGUCUAUGAUUGAUAGGAAUUUAAAUCAAGUUUUAUAUACCAUUAAAAUUAUUUCAUACACAGUUUGAAACGAAGUUUUGUUGAAAUACUCUCUAGAUUAAAUUGGUCUUACUUGUUAUUAGUUAGUAAAAUAUCUCAGAAAGUUAGGCAAAUGUAUCAGAAAGUUAGUAAAAUAUCUCAGAAAGUUAGUAAAAUGUCUCAGAAAGUUAGGAAAAUGUCUCAGAAACUUAGGAAAAACUCUCCAAAUCCUAAUUUAUCCUUAUUUAUUUAUGUAAAUGUAAAUUAACAAAAGAGCUAAUUUCUUUUCAGACCGCUGUGCCAAGUAACAAGAACAACAUGUCCAGGUUUUUCUUACUCUUUUGGGUCACGGCCUUGACCGUGCUCAUGACCACUGGGACUGACGGCCAGUACGUGUACAAUGUGAACACCAUGCCGUCAGCUUUAAACACAAACCCGACCAUGUGCACGAAGGUGGUCACUGCGCCAGUUCAGAACUGCCCGAAUACUGUGUGUUACAUGAAGGCGACCGUCGGACUGUGCUGCAUGGGGGUCUACAGGAAUGGUGAGAAGAUUUAGCUCAGGAAAGCCUUAUAGAUUUGGCUCAAGAAGGUCAUCUAUAUCUGACUGAGUAAGGCAUUGCACAUUUGGCUCAGGAUAUCAACAUAUUUCUGGCUCAAGAAAGCCAUGUGUGUAUGGGUCAGGAAGGCUAAGUGAAUGACCCCCAGGGAGGCUAUGCACCUUUUGCUUUUCUGGCUCAAGAAAGCCAUUAGUGUCUGGGUCAGGAAGGCUAAGUGAAUGACCCACAGGAAGGCUAUGCACCUUUGGCUGUUAUAUUUUACAAUGAUAGCUCCAAAAAAAAAAAAAAAACGAGAGACACGAAUACAGAAUAGGGAGCAUUGCACGACAAUGACGUCAAUCAAUCUUAUUCUUUAAGUUAAACCAACUUUACUCUCGAAGCCGAGAAAUCAUUUCUUUCAACUCCAAUAUUACCCAAAAGAUAACUGUUUAGAACUGCAUAAAUAAUGUUUCACCUUAACACUCAUCUUAACCCAUACAAUUGCACAAACGUACUUGAUGCAAUUUUAAGUGAAAUGACAGAUAUAUAGGUUAAACAGUCCAGUACUCAAAUUAUGUUUGUCUCUCCCACAGUCAACGGGGCCCUCUACCAGCAAUGCAUCUGUGUCACGACCGUGCAGUGCACGGCAGUCACAGCAGCGUCGACAACAACCUCUACCACAAGUACCACCACCAGUACCACAACCACGACCCCAACGACAACGACCACCACCCCAACGACAACAACCACCACACCGACCACGCCGACUACAACAAAAGCAAUAGCGGCUAAGAGAAGAAACCUUGAUAUAAGUACGUCUUUAAAUAGAACAUUCCCGUCUCAACAUCCAACAUCCAACAUCAAACAUACAAAAUCUAACAUCCAACAUCAAACAUACAACAUCUAACAUACAACAUCUAACAUAAAAACAUCCAACACACAACAUACAACUUUCGACAUACAACUUUCGACCUACAACAUACAACAUCCAACAUGUGACAUACACCAUGCAACUUCCAACAUACAACUUCCAACAUACAACAUUAAACUUGCGACAUUCAUCAUACAACAUUAAUCAUGCAACGACCAACAUACAACAUUCAUCAUGCAACAUCCAACAAACGACUUAAAACAUCCAACAUACAACAUCCGACAUGCAACAUCUCUAACUGUCCAAUAACAAGACAAACCUGAACUGUUCCUUCUGUCCGUCCCAACUGACUGCGCCACUUAACUCACUAAUAGAAAGGUUGGACGGCGGUAUACAGCUUUCCAUGAGACUAAUGACACACACACAAUUUGUGUCAAUGAAACAAGAUAUGUUCAGAUUUAAUAAUGAUUACACAGAAUACCAAUUCAGAACGUUUCGGCAAAUGUCCUGGUCAGUACAACAAAAAACAUUCAUUUAAUUAUACAUUAAAUUUACAUGAUAAAUGUACAUCUUACCUAGACCUAAAAAAAAAUGAAAGAAAGUAAACGAAUAAGAAAGAAUGGGCACAAGUACCUAACUUUGAAUCAGGCAAUAGCAGACCUGUUUACCACUGGGUUAGGGUCAGAGUAGUUUUCAGCUCUCAAAAACGUAGUUUCUAGCGGCAAAGAUUAGUUUGGGCAAUUUGCGGAGGGGGGUGGGGGUGGGAAGGGGGGUGUCAAUUAAAAUGCCUCUUAAUAGUUGUAUUUAUACCAAAAAAAAAAUCAACAGAAAUGUACAUUGAGACUGCCUUCAGCUAAAACUCAAUCUUUAGGCUUUCAAAAAACCCAAGAUGUAAGCGCUUGAAUGCAAUUUAAAAAAAAACAACAAAAAAACCCCCCAAAUCUAUAAAUAAAUAUAUAAAAACAUAAAUUGGCCGAGAGGACGUAAAUAAGAUUUAAUUUACUGAUCACAAAAAAUAUACGGUCCGGUGAUAGUCAGUGAUGGAUGGAGAAUCCGUGGAAACCAAAAUAUGUGUCACCUGUUCCAAGACACGACAAGAGUCGCAUAAAUGGAAAAAAAAAUGGCAGAACGCAUUGGUCAGGAUGCCGGAUUGUAGAGUAGCUAAAGUGAUGUACAGGCAGAAACCUAGGGACAGACGGCUCACCGGUCGACCAAGACUGAGAUGGAUUGUCGAUGUAAAGAAGGACUUACACCAGCUGCUGGGUUGAGGCGGAAAAAAAACAUGACUCGAUCCAAAUGGAAGGAUUUUGUUAAGCAGGACAGGGCCCUGCAAGGGCUGUAGCGCCACUGAUGAUGAUUAAGGAUCCAAAAAUUAAAUUAAAUUCAAUUUUAUCCAUUGCAGAUUUAGCCUAUAAAUGCAGGCUCAUUUUUUUUAAAGGCCUUACAUUUUUUAUUAACUUUUCUGAAUCAAAGGCUUUACAUAAAGAAUAUGAAAUAAAGUUUUGACAGUUACUACUGAGGAGGUUCGGACCCUUAAUUUGUGCUGGUGUAGGAACAGACAAUCAUCCUAUUAAAAAAAAAAAGCUAAUGUAACCCUGCAAUAGCCGGUCAAACCAUUUUAUUAUAAGAUUUACUGCUUGGUCAAAAGCUGGACCUUAGCAGUGAUGACGAGGACAUCAGUCUAAUCAUUCAAUCAUUCAAGUGAUCAUUUGUUCUGAGGUGGUCCCAGGUUUGUAGUGAUAAAAAUUGAAGUAUUCGCUUGGUUUUUGAAAGUAAUCAAUUAUGUUUUUAUCAUUACAGAAUAGAGGAAGCGAACUAAAGCUAAUCAUAUGAAAGUAAUCGAGUAUGAUUUAUCAUUAUAGUUAAGAGAAAAAGAGCUUAAGCUAAUCAUAUGAAAGUAAUCAAUUAUGCUUUAUCAUUACAGAAUAGCGGAAUGCGAACUAAAGCUAAUCAUGUGAAAGUAAUCGAGUAUGAUUUAUCAUUAUAGUUAAGAGAAAAAGAGCUUAAGCUAAUCAUAUGAAAGUAAUCGAUUAUGAUUCAUCCUUACAGAUUAAAGAGAACCGAAGCUAAUCAACCCGACUUCAACGACAGUAAUCGGAUAUUGGUCGGUUGAAGAGAAGCGUAGAUUUUUAUUUUGUUGCAAUUAUAGAACAUUUGUUUUCAUAUUUUGAUUUGUAGCUAAUAAACUUUGUUGCGACUAGCA